AGUAGCAACACCUACACUUACCACGCCAAAGCGUAAAUGUUGAUAAACGUUUCUCCUCUAUAGACGGCAUUCACGCACGACUUCUGGAUACAAACCCAAUGCACAAAAUUCAGCAGUACAGUAGCUCGGAAAGUGACGAAAAUGAUGACCCUCAGAACAAACACUCGGCCAGACUUCCUCCGUCCAAAGAACUGCUGCGAGUUCCAACAACCUCGGACGCACCAGAUUCGGAAAGCGAUCCCUUUAAGCACCAAGGCCGGGUCCGGUCCUUCGCACAUGAACGCGGCAUUUGGGCCAGCUACGUCUUCAUAGAUUACAACGAAAUCGAUGCAUUUGAUGAUCUGCAGAAUCAGCUUAUUGAGAAAUCGAUGAAGGAUUUAGAUCUGGAAUUGAAUCGAGUUGACAAUUUACAUCUUAGUUUGACCAAAACGUUCGUGUUGAGACAUCACAAUAUUGCGGCAUUUGUUGAAAACAUGCGAUCGGCCAUUAGCGGAACCAAAAGGUUCAGAAUAUCACUAUCCGACCUUGCCGUUUACACGAACGAGGAAAAUACCCGAACCUUUCUGGCCGUUAAAGUGGCCGAUCAGAGCUGUGGACCAUUGAGCUCCCUGGUGGAAAAGUUGGACACCAGCAUGAGGGAGUACAAAUUGCCAACAUUUUACAAGGAUCCCUCCUUUCACAUAAGUCUUCUGUGGUGCCUUGGAAACCGACGGCAACUUCUGGACGACAAUAUGCCCACCCUGCAGGAGACGUUCUCGGCACUCUAUGAGGAGGAGUACUGUGAUAUGAACAUAAAUGUUAAGAUGUUGAAUUUCAAGUGCGGUAAUAAAUAUUACUCGUUUGAUUUGUUGUAGGUAA